CGCGAGAAAGAACGCCGAGCUUGCCGGGAGGAUCCAGUCAGAGGAACAGCACAGCCACAGACACCUUUUAAGGCGCCUCAACCAGCGGCCACAGCAUUCCUUGACACGCACCAACAACAUCCAUGUCUUACUACGCUCAGAACCCCGGAUACGGCGCUGGCCGUCAGCAAAGUGCAGGCUACACGGCCCAGCACUCUCAGCAUCAAAGUCAGCAUCAAGCUCAUCAUCAAGGCUCCUACGGCGGGUCUCGCGAUCGUCGCGGCGGGGCAGACCCGUACUCGCACGGAACUGGCGGACCCCCAGGCUACGAUCCCCAGCUCUGGACGUGGUUCACGUCUGUCGACACUGACCGGUCGGGCAAUAUUAGCGUGAAUGAGCUCCAGACUGCACUUGUGAACGGGAACUGGACUCACUUCGAUUUGGAUACGAUCAAGAUGUUGAUGGGUACCUUCGAUACCGACCGGACCGGCACGAUCAACUUCUAUGAAUUCGCUGGUCUUUGGAAGUACAUUGCCGAUUGGCAGAACGUGUUCAAGCAUUUUGACCGAGAUGCCUCUGGCACGAUCGAGAGCCGCGAACUGGCGGAGGCCUUCAGGUCGUUUGGGUAUGAUCUGUCUCCGCAGAUGAUCAACUUGAUCGAGCGCAAAUACUCUGCCGCUGCGCCAUCGGCGUAUGGUCCGCCGCCUGGUAUCACGUUCGAUCGUUUCGUGAGAGCAUGUGUGACCGUGAAGCAGUUGACGGAGGCCUUCCAGAAGCAUGACAGGGACCGUAACGGCUGGGCCACUCUUAACUACCAGGACUUCAUGACGAUUGUCCUCGAAGCUCCGUGAAAACCUCGCACAUCGGAGAAGUAUGCGGUACCCAUUCCUGUAUCAAUACCUUUGUUUUUCUUGAAAGCUGUACGUUUACUGUUAGCUGAGCUGUUCUUUCGGAUGGAUACAAUAUAGUGAAUACCUUGUUAGUUUACUUGUAAUCAGACAAUCAGAAAAGAUGUACUAAGGCGAUAUUACUAAACAUGUGCUAUAAUUAGCAAUUAAAGCCCCUUUCCGCGCC